CCGGGAUACUGAUAUGACCAUCAGAUUGUAGCAAAAGUGCCGAGAGCUAAACCCUGUCCCAGGGUGAUGGGGCCAGACAGUGCCCCAGAUCCAGCUGUGCCCUGGAGGAAGGUGCUAUGGGAACGCCAGCCGUUCCCUGAUAACUAUGUGGACCAGAGGUUCCUGGAGGAGUUACGGAGGAAUGAGGGCAUCCGACAGUACCGAUACUGGUCUGUGGUCAAAGAAGCAGGCUUUGUGGGACAGCAGCUGUCCUGUGUGGCCAUCUUCAUCACCCUCUGGCUCUACAUGGAGCAGGGCCGUCUGUCCCCUGAGACACUGCUGUGGACCAGCCUUGUAUGUGCCCUGCUGGGGUAUGGACUGUACCAAGCCUUGACGUCUCAGGUUGAACCUGGGUGUGGGCCUCGGACUCGUCUAGCUGAUUUACAGAGUGCCACUAUUUUCCUUUCUUUCACCUUUGGCUUCUCACCAGUUCUAAAGACACUAACAGAGUCCGUGAGUACGGACACAGUGUAUGCCAUGUCCGCUAUGAUGCUGUUGGCCCACCUGGUGUCGUUCCCUUAUGCUCAGCCCUCACCCCCAGGCAGCCUCUCCCUAAAUGCAGCCCUGUUUGCGUCUGUGUGUUUAGCCUCCAGGUUACCUGGUGCUCUGCACACAUUUGCCAUGCUCAGCUGUGCCCUGCUGGUGUUUGCCCUGUGGCCCUGCUUGCUGCAGAGGUUGAGGGAGAACGCUCCUUGCCAGUUUGCUGGGGUGUGUUUGGGAGUAUGCAUCGUAGGCGUAGGUGGACUGGGGUUCCAGUCACCAGGUGGAGCUGUGCUCUUGGCUUUGGCGCUAAUGAGUGUUACACUGCUCUGUCCCCUGUUGCUAGUGAGGCUGCAGAGGCACAAGGACAACAUCCAGGGACCUUGGGAUGAGGCUGAAAUUCACGAGGACCUCAGCCGCUUCCUUCACUAAUAGACAGAUUGCAAAAGAGUACUGAGUUCUCCUGACCAAACUGACAUCCACGGUGUAAGCCAAUGGUUAACUUCUUGAAUCAAUUUACUCACAGCCUGCAGCAUUAUGUUGAUGCUGUAUGUUAAAACUGACACACGCCAGCACUUUUAUCAUUGGUCCACGUGUGUUUGGACAGCCAUGACGACUUAUUUUCUUCCAGAGAAUACGAAGAUGUUUUUAAAGUUUGAGCUGCUAUUAUCUUUCAACUGUUGACCUCAGAAUUUGUAUGAAAAGUAAUGUGCAAUGCUGUCUUACAUUACUGCACACACUCUGAUGCUAUGCACCAAUUUGAUACCAGUGACGUUUUAAUUAAUAUGUAGGAGACUCCAUUAUGUAUAGUAUGUUGAUGCUGUGUCUGGAUGGGCAGGUGUGUGUAACUCGGUUUGAUGAACAAGGGCUCUUAAUUCCAUUGCAAACUAUGUUGAAAUUAAAUAUCAGUUGUAGAAUUUUAAGAUUUUAAGAGAUUUUGC